GGAGAGUCCAUUCUGCUUUCCACACUUGAACCCAAAUUCAACUCUCUCUUUCUCAAAACAUUAAUAGCAGAGAGAGAGACAGAAGGAGAAGAAGAAUCAACCAUGGCAUUUGAGCAGCAGGACCACCUCUCCCAGGAAAUUCCCCUCUACUCCGACCACAGCCACCCCUCCGCCCUCUUCCGCUCCCUCCCCGACGACGACAAACCCCCCUCUUCCACCUGGCUCAACACCAAUUCCAAUUCAAAUUCCAACUCCAAUUCCAAUUCCAAUUCCAAUUCCAAUUCCAAUUCCAAUUGGGAGAAGGACAAGUGCAAGGCCGACAUCCUCACCCACCCCUUGUACGACCAGCUUCUCUCCGCACACGUCUCCUGCCUCCGGAUUGCCACUCCCGUUGACCAGCUCCCUAGAAUCGACGCCCAGCUCGCCCACUCUCAGGAGCUCGUCUCUAAAUAUUCCGUCCUCGCCCACCACCCUCUCGAUCACAAAGACCUCGACAAUUUCAUGACACAUUAUGUCCUAUUGUUAUCCUCCUUUAAAGAACAACUGCAACAGCAUGUCCGAGUUCAUGCUAUGGAAGCCGUCAUGGCAUGUUGGGAGCUUGAGCAAUCGCUGCAAAGUCUCACAGGUGUAGCACCAGGAGAAGGUUCAGGAGCAACCAUGUCUGACGAUGAUGAGGACCAGGCUGAUAGUGAGGCUAACUUAUUCGAUGAAAGCCUCGAUGGUGGAGACAACAUGGGAUUUGGUCCCCUAGUACCGACUGAAAGUGAGAGGUCCCUGAUGGAGCGCGUGAGGCAAGAGUUAAAGCACGAGCUGAAACAGGACUACAAGGAGAAGAUUUUGGAUAUCAGAGAAGAGAUACUACGAAAAAGAAGAGCAGGAAAACUGCCGGGUGAUACCACGUCAGUAUUGAAAGCAUGGUGGCAGUCACAUGCCAAAUGGCCUUAUCCUACGGAGGAAGAUAAGGCGAGGCUGGUACAGGAAACUGGUUUGCAACUAAAACAGAUAAACAACUGGUUCAUCAACCAACGGAAAAGGAAUUGGCACAGCAAUCCUUCUUCUUCUACUACUCCGAAAAGCAAGCGAAAGAGUGGCACAGGUGAUAAAACUGCUAAUGAGCGAUUCUCGUGAAGAACUCGUCUCGGUCUCAAAGUAAGUUGAGCAGCACACAGAUAUAUUCUCCGCCAUGUUGAUCAGAGCCCACAUGAUAUCAACAGCUAUGCGCAGUCAUGAACAGGAGAGGGGAAGGACUGGUGUGGCCGUAUUAGGGUAAUUUUUGGCAUGGGACGAGAGGCGAAAUCCCUUAAUGGCUUAUAUAUUGCUUGAAAACAUUAUGAAUUGUUGCCUUGUAUAUCAGCUGUGGUGUUAUAUACGAGUAGGAUCCUUGAAAAGUUGUCUUGAUUUUUUUUUUGUAUCGAUUGCCACAACUCAGUCCUUCCGUGUUUUUGUGUAUAAAUUUGGUGGUGCUUAUGAGUAGACAAUGAAUUCUAUUGAUUCGGAAAA